AUGGGUUUCGACCCGGCCAAGUCCGCAAAGGCCGAAGACAGGGGAAACACUCGUGUCGAGCUUCCACCUGAUGCUUACGUUCCGGACACUGCCAAGUCUCAGUUCACACUGAGAAAUAACAAGUACAACACGGAGGGCAAGCCUGCCCAGGUUGAGGUCAACCAGUAUCGCCUCAAGUCCUUGGACUUCACCAAGACGAUCUAUCAGUACGAUGUGACAAUCUCUCCCGACCAUGAGAAGAAAAACGUCAUUUUGAAGAAAGUAUGGACCCACGAAACGACGAAGAAGGCACUCGCGCCAUACAAAUACCACAUGUGGAUUUUCGACGGCAAGAAGCUGGCAUGGUCCAGCACAUACGUGGAUCGCGGCGAACUGCGAUUUACCGUCGACCUGGAUGACGGCAAGCGUCCACCUGGCGCUCGCCCGCGUGAGGGCGGCCAAUUUCUUGUCAUGAUUCGGCAAACCAUCACGGUGAACAUGAAUUCCAUCCAGACAUACCUUCAAAAGAAGGCGUCUUUCGACAAUAAUGUCCUCCAAGCAAUGAACUUCUUGGACCACUUGAUUCGACAAUAUCCGUCGCAGAAAUUGCUUUCGAUCAAACGCAACUUCUACGAGGUCUCGGAGCGAGGCCAACCUCUCACCGGAGGAGGAUCGACAAUUGUUGUACACAAAGGCGCCUACGCCUCAAUUCGAAUGGUCAACAAUCUGGCCCAGGGUGGAAUGGGACUCGCGCUCAAUUGCGACGUGGCCAACACUUGCUUCUGGCUUGGACCAGAAAGCCUGGACACUGUUGUCCUCCAAUUCCUCGCAUCCUGCGAUCGGAGGAGAUGGGGCUCGCUGACGCCCAUAACCAUGGCCAGGGAGUUUUGGCCGGUCAAGCACAACACUGGUGUAUGGGCAUCUUCGGAUGCCUUCAAACAACUCCGGAAGAUGCGACGCCUUCGGUUCAGGGUCGACCAUCCGAAUCGCAAAGACCGGGAAAAGGUCUUUACCAUUCAGGACUUCGCCUUUGAUCAGAAAUAUGGAGCCGAGGGAGGCAACGCCAAGAACGUCACAUUUGAGUACAACGGAAAGGAGAUAUCGGUUGCCAACUACUAUGCGCAGAAGUACAAGGCCCAUCUCAAAUACUCCAACCUGCCCCUCAUAUUCGCUGGCAAAGCCGGCUGGUUUCCCAUGGAGUUUGCCAUUCUCGAGCCCAUGCAGCGUUACCAGUUCAAACUCAACCCAGACCAGACAGCUGCCAUGAUCAAAGUGGCCGUGACCCGUCCGCAACAGCGCAAAGCGGACAUUGUUCAUCACGCAUCCAAGCUCAAGCAGGCAGAAGACCCUUACCUCAGAGAGUACGGUGUCAAGUUCGAAACAGCAUUUGCGAAGACAGAGGCUCGCAUCAUUGCCCCGCCUCGUGUCGAUUUCUCCCAGGGCAACGCCGAUCCGAGAUUUUCUGGCCGCUGGGACCUCCGCGGUAAGAAGUUUUGGCGACAGAACUUAGCGCCGCUCGCGAACUGGGGAUUUAUAGUCAUGGAUGGCUGUGUCAAUUUUCCGCAGCUCCAAAAUUUUGCCAAGACAUUUCGGUCGACAUUCUUGGGCCAUGGCGGGAAGUGCCCAAAUGACGCUAUGCUUCUCAACGUUCCCGCGGACAUGAAGUACAACGGAGCAGAGGCCCUGGCUUGGGCACAUGGAGAGGUUACCCGUGCACGCGGAUACACGCAACUGCUGUUUGUGGUUGUUCAGCACAAGAACAGUCCCCACUACGAGCGGCUCAAGAAAUCGGGAGACUGCCGAUUUGGCAUCCUCACGCAGGUAGUGAACGGUGAGGCCGUCAAGCGCAACAACGGCCAGUACCAUUCGAAUGUCUGCAUGAAGGUUAAUGCGAAGCUUGGCGGUGCAACGUCUCGCACUACGCCUCCGUGGAAGACUGCGCAGACGUAUUUUCCCAAGGAUCGUCCGACCAUGAUUAUCGGCGCUGAUAUCUCACACACGGCUCCUGGGAGUAAUGCGCCUUCGACUGCGGCGAUGACAAUGAAUGUGGACCGCGAUGCCACCAGGUUUGCUGCCAUGGUGGAGACGAAUGGUUACCGCACUGAGGUGCUCAGUCCGUCAAACAUCCGCUUCAUGAUGCAGAACUUAUGCAAGCAGUGGCAGGCGGGACACGAGGGGUCCUACCCCAAACACAUCAUUUACUUUCGAGAUGGUGUUUCUGAGGGGCAAUUCGCCAAGGUUCUGCACCGUGAGAUUGGUGAAAUAAAGGCCUACUUCCGUGACAACAAACCGGCCAACCCCAACCUUGAAAUCCCCAAGUUCACGGUUGUGGUCGCUACAAAGCGCCACCACAUUCGGUUCUUUCCCCAACAGGGUGGUGACAAAAACAGCAAUGCCCUUCCAGGAACGCUUGUCGAGAAGGAAGUUACCCACCCUUUUAUGUGGGAUUUCUAUCUCUGCUCGCAUGUGGCGAUUCAGGGCACGGCUCGGCCUGUGCACUACCACGUCAUCUUGGAUGAGAUGGGCGUGCCGGUAAACGAGUUCCAAAAGAUGAUUUACCAUCAGUGCUAUUCGUAUGCACGCUCGACGACACCCGUGUCGCUCCACCCUGCGGUGUACUAUGCCCAUCUCGCUGGCAACCGCGCUCGCGCCCAUGAAAACGUGGCGACCAGCGAAGGAUUCCGUGCCGGUGCCAAAGGCCAUGAGAUGAUUCGCGACCAGGUUGCGAAGGGCAUAACCAUCGGAAGCAUUCCGGAGGGCACGGAGGCUCCACAGCUACUGGCGCUCGGUGGACGACCCGAUCAGAAGAAUGGCCCGGUUGAGGGGGAGAUGCGCCAGCGAGAGUUCUUCCGCGGGACCAUGUGGUACAUUUAAGUAUCUACUUUUGAGUGGUUUGCUUGGCCUCAGAGCAUCGUGGUUCAUGAGUCUCGAGAAGACAAAAGGGGACGGUUUGGCGG